AUGACAUGGGGGAGACACAUGGCUACGGAGAACGACUUAGACGAGGCGGUACAGGCAGCCCGUGAGGCCUUCCCCAUCUGGAAAGCCCGGCCUCUGGAAGAUCGACAGCAAUGUCUGCACCGGAUAGCAGAUGAGCUGGAGAAUCGACAAGACGGGCUCCGUCCUAUCCUUUUCCAAGGAGUCAGGCAAGAGAUUCUGGCGAAUAUUGAGAUUGACGAUGCCUUGCGGUUCUCCUGUUUGAUGAGCAAGAUUAGAAAACUGGGGAUUCAAGCCGCCCAGUCAUGUCCCGAUAAGAUCGAAUAUGAGGUUGGAUCCGUCCGAAUUAUAGCAGUGGCCCUGGUGAUGGGCAACUGUGUGAUCGUAAAGCCCUCCCCAAUGACCCGGUACGCGACUCUGAAUUUCGUCGAAUAUGCACUAGAUCUCCUUCCCAAGGUAUUACUCCAGGCGCUAAAUGGGGGCAACGAGGUCGGGGCGCGCAUGACCACCCAUCCGGGCAUCGGCAAGAUCAGCUUCACCGAUUUCACCGCCACAGGCUGCCGUAUAGCAGAAAGCGCGGGGCGGUCGCUCAAGCGCGUGACCCUGGAGCUCGGGGGCAACGAUGCCAACAUCGUCUGCGCUGAUAUCGAAGUGGACGAGGUAGCCGCCCGAGUGGCCCAGGGGUGCUUUUCCAUGCGGGUCAGAUGUGUGGCCAUCAAGCGAGUCUACGUCCACUGCGACAUCCUGCCGCAGUUCCGCUCCGCCUUCAUCGCUGCAGUUCAAAAGAUCGUCAUCGACCGCGCGGCCGAGCACUCCCCGCUAUCCAGCCCGCUGCAGAAUCGCAUGCAGUACCAAAUUGUUCAAGACUUCCUCGCUGAUAGCGCCAAACAAGCCCACACCUUCUCUGUGGGCGGCCCCGAUCGCGACGAGGAACCGCUGCCGGGGCUGUACAUUUCCCCAACCGCGGUGGACCGUCCGCCUCACAAUGCCCGCAUUGUCCGGGAAGAACAUUUUGGGCCCAAUAUCCCCAUUCUUGAGUGGUCCGACGAGGCCGAGCUCAUCCGUCGCGUGAAUGCCACCGAGAGCGGGUUGGGUGCCUGUGUUUGGGCGCUCGAUAUGGCGACGGCGAAGUGCAUUGCACGCCAGCUGGAGGUCGGAACGGUAUGGCUCAAUAGUUUCGCGAUCCCCCACCCCCAUGGAUACUUUUCAGGUUGGAAACAAAGUGGAAUCGAAGGUGAAUGGGGACGUCAGGGUCUGCUGUCAUACUGCCAUACUCAAACCCUAUAG